AUGUCUUCCAACAAAACCUACAAAGAUAUUUUUACACUUUUUGACAAAAAGGCUCAAGGCACUAUCCCAGUCACCCAAUUAGGUGAUUUUUUAAGGGCUAUUGGCUAUAACCCAACAAAUAGUUUGGUAUCGGACUUAAUUAAAAAAAACUUCACCAAUACUAAUGAUAUAAGUCUAAAUGAUAUUGACAAUUUAAUUACUUCUAACAAGGCUGUAUUGGAAUCAACUACCAAUGCUUCAGUCGAUGAUUUUAUCAAAGCUUUCCAAGUUUUUGAUAAGGAAAAUACUGGCAAGAUUAGUAUCGGUGAUUUGAAAUAUAUGUUAACUGGUCUAGGUGAAAGAUUAAAUGAAGACGAGGUUGAUGAGUUACUAAAGGGGGUAGAAAGUACCGAUGAUGGUAUGAUCGAAUAUAGAUCCUUUAUUGAUGAUAUUCUAAAGCGUUGA